CUCCAGUGCUUUCAGACGAUGGCGCCUUCCGUGAAGGGCUUCUGGUCCGUCCCUGCUGUCAGGUUGUGGUUCGACCUCCUCGUUGUCAAUGUUUGUGCAAGCCAUUGCCGUGAAUCCGCCUGUCGUGCCAGCCUGUCCUUAUGGAAUGCGACCAGGGGACGGCACAUCAUCGUUCGAAACCAGUUUCCGUCUACCGCCCGGCACUCCGGCAUUGUCACGCGAUGUGGUUUGCAUAAUGGACGACUGCGGGGAAGAUGAC